AUGGCACCUACACCCGGCAUUCUUUAUGUGACGAUGCAGCCCAAAGCCGGGCUGCCCAUCUCCCAAUUCCAUGACUGGUACAACAACGAACACGGGCCUUUGCGUGUCCGAUUACCUUUCUUCGAGAAUGGCUUCCGUUAUCGUGCGAGCGAUCUAGAGGGCAAAGAUGCUUCGGAAGCGAAACCAGAAUGGAUGGCGAUAUACGAUGUCACGGAUAUGGAAGAGAUGACCAAAGAAGCAUAUCUCCGCUUGCGAGGUCCGCCGUCAAAAACGCCGAGGGAGGCAGAUACAAUGGCGCAGAUUCAUGUUGACCGGAAACUUUAUGAUUUAGUCGAAAGUAAAGAAAGUAAAGAAUUCCGGAGGCUGGAAGAAGUAGAAAACGAGGGGCAGGAAAAUGUUAUGGUUGCCGUAUUUAUCGACUUACAACCUGGAGAGGGCAUGGAAGAGAAAUUGAAUAAGUGGUAUAGAGAAGAGCAUACUGAGAUGAUGUCGAAAGUCCCAGGAUGGCUACGGACACGUCGUUUUGUUACAUCCUCGAUUGACCCUCAAGCUCCUGCCCAAUACCUCGCCUUGUACGACUAUUCGCCCAAAAAUGGAUUGUCGGGAGCACCGGAACUUGAAGCUGCGAGGACUACGCCGUGGGCCAAGGAGGUUCAAAGCAAGGUGGUGAAGGAGAUGAAACGGCGAGUCUACAAUUCAUACUACACAUUCGGCCCCGCACCACGAUACUUCUCCCCAAAACUCUCGAAUUGGAACUCCACAGAUCCUCAACAUGCCUAUAUCACCAAAACCUUCUCCACAUCCGCAUUCAACGCCCCAGCAGGCGCAAUAGAAUCCUACAUCACUACACCCGACGGCGUGAAUCUUCCCUACCGUCUCGAAGGCUCAGCCGACCCCUCCGCACCCCUUAUAGUCCUCACGAACAGCAUCCUUGUAACCUGGGGAAUAUGGGACAACUUCCUCUCCUCCUUCUUCUCGAACCCGACAAACCAAAAAUACCGCGUCCUGCGCUACCUCACUCGAGGCCGUUCCUCUGCUUGCGGCACAAAACCGAUUACCGUAGAUGUCUUGGCUUCCGAUGUGAUUGCCAUCUUGGAUGCAUUGAGAGUCAAUAAAGCAGCAGCCAUAAUCGGUGUUUCGCUUGGCGGCGCCACUACUCUUAACACGGCGUUGAAAUACCCAGACCGAGUCGCGAGUUUCAUCAGCUGCGACACCUCUUCCAAAUCCCCCGCUGGGAAUAGCAAAGCAUGGGGCGAGCGUAUCGCGAUCUGCGAAAAGGAAAACGCUGUUUCUAUAUCUUCAGGCGAGACAAUCGUAGGUAAAGAACUGGCAGACGUGACCGUUCGCCGCUGGUUCGUGAAGGAGAAUCACGACACGCCUGAGAUGGAACGUAUCAAGGAGAUGGUCGAGACGAAUAGUUUAGAUGGCUUCAGGAGUAGUGUGAGAGCGCUGUUUGAGUAUGAUUUGAAAGAGGAGAUGAAGAAUAGUAAGGUGAAGGGCAUGUUCCUCGUUGGGGGCGGCGAUGGAGUAUUGCCAGGUACGAUGAAGGAGAUGGCGAGUGCAUAUGGGUCGAGUGGUGCUGAGUACAAGGUUAUUGAGAAUGCGGGACAUUUGCCAAUGGUUGAGAAACCAGAGGAAUCUGCAAGUGUUGUUACAGGGUUUUUGGGCUGA